AUGGAAACCCAGACCCUCCCUCUCCUAGAGUUAUCGAGGAUUUGGAAACAGCUGGACCACAUUACCAGGGUCAUAGACACCAAAGCUUCCGAGCGUGCGUACUCGGUCAAGGAGCAAUUGCCGUGGGAUCCCUUUGGUGACCAGGAUCCAUUAGCCGGCUUCCCGAUUAUGACCAUCAAGAACCAGUCAUUCAUGGCGCUUCUCAAGCUGGAUCGAUCAUUUUCGGUCCUACUGGAGCAGAUGGAAAGCAGAGGUCAAUCAUUUUGCUCUCGUCCGUCCAGUGUCCCAGUUGUGAUGGUCGAUUUUGCUCAGGCAUUAGAGUUUUUGAACGCGUUUGCUGAACAUGUCCAUAUUUGGUAUCCCAUUCUCCACGUGGAUUAUAUGGAUGAAUUUCUGCAGGUGAUAUCAGCACCCUUUCAACCCUCCGUAUACUCUUGCCUAGCCCUCCUCGUUUUAGCGAUAGGUUCUCUGGCCAGAUAUGAGUCAAUUGUGCAUGCACAGAAGAAUCGCCCAGAAAACAUAUACAUUCAAGCAGCGGAAGACAUGCUCCCCUGCGUUCUGGCAGAUAGCAGCACUAGAAGCACACAGUGUUUGCUUUUAUUUAGCAUGUUCUAUCUGUGCUACGCCCAGCCAUGCCGAGCACACGAUUUCGUGGCUAUAGCCUCACAUAAAAUUCAAGAUAGGUUGAUAAAUCACCCUGAUGAUGAGAAUGAUUUAUCUCGGCCAUCAAUUAUUGGAAACUGCUACUGGACUGCCGUUUUGAUUGAAAGUGAGAUCACUGUCCAGCUGGAUCUGGUCGACAGUAGUAUUUGGAGCAUGGAUUCAGUUACUACAGUUCCAGUCAGCUACGAGACCUGGAUAUGGUACCCAUCUCUCCUCCCAGUCGAGGCUAGCGGAGAUGAAGCCGAAGGGAUAAUGCACGAGCAAGCUCUGCGUCACCACGACUUGUCGUAUUUUGUGGCAGAAAUUGCGAUGCGGAAGAUGCUUCAACGUUGCACAUCGUCUGUUCGAAGGUUGUCCCAAGUCGAAUUCUCAUAUGCGCCUGUAAUUGCAGCAGAACUGGAGCAGCAAUUGCAGGAGUGGUACGAUCUUCUUCCAGAUGAAUUGGCUCUUAGGGGUGAUAACGACGACAGCGUCCCUUCUAGGGGUUUAGCGCAAGCGGAAUUCCUGCAUACGCAAUGUUAUGCAUUCAGGGCUUCAAUAUAUUGGCCAGCGGUCUACCAGGCAUCGGUUACUGGCGAGGCCGAUGAUGACCUCCUUCUUCACUGUCGUGGCUUUUUUGAUAGUUACAUUGAGUUUAUUGCAUGUGCGGCUAUUUCUGUGAGCACCUGCAAACCUAAUAUCUGGACAUUAUAUGCAAGCGUGUUUACAAUUUCGAUGGCAGCCUUGACAGCAUCAACGGCCCCGUGCCUGCUCAGUGCAGUCUCGCCGGGAGUCCUGCAGAGUUUGGGAAAGGCAGUUCAUCUUUUCGAAAGCGUGGCAGAAGUCAGUCCCUCGCUGGCCAAAAUGGAGGCCAUUCUGAAGGAGAGAAUUUUCCAUCAAGCAUCGCCUUCAAGUUAG